AUGUCGCAACUGAACGUUAAGUUUGGCGUCGCGCUUGACAUCGUGUGUGACGUUGCGUUUGGCGAUGCAAGUGAUCGGAUCGUCAGGCAAUUCCUGAACGCGCGCACGAUCAAUGGGACGGCCAUCUUCCUGAUCGAACAGGCUCUCGAAAGCUAUCCUUGCUCGUCGCAAAAAGAUGAAAUGGAGCUCGAGAAAAUGAGCCAGAAACUCAUCAUGCGGCGUGCAACGCAAUGCACCAAGGAACAAGCACGUGCCGUGAUGUCGAUGAUCGCCAAGGAGGUUGUGCUGCGCUUUGCGCCGGUCAGCUAUGGCGAGGACGAAGUAAACGACUUCUACCUCGGCGAAAAUGGCAUUCUCUUCACUUCUGACUUCCUGCAAAAGCUCUGUGCCGCAGGCCUCGUGCGGCGCCCGCGAACGUGGAGCGCGCCAAAAACAGGAUUCUUCGGUGAGCCAUGGGACGAGGUCCGCAAUCCCGCGGAGAGCACAGAAGAUCUACUCGACUACAUGGGGGGACUCGUUCCAGCGCUUUUCUAUUUUGCAGAUGCCGAGCUGCGGACGAAGCACGGCUCGGUCGAGUUUCCAGAGCUCAGGCAUGCUACGCUCAUGCCGCUGUCGAAUGUGCUCAAGAAGGCCAUGGAUCGUGGCACCGUAUCCCUCGCCUUCGUCGUCUCCAUACAGGCCGCGCUGCUCUCCCUUGUGUGCGUCAAUGGCGAGCGACGAUGCAAGCGUGUGCACAUCACGACGAAGGCGGCAUUCGCGAAGGCUGCACAGCAACUCGGUGGGGCGCUCGCGGCGCUCGAAGGCGAAAGCUUUAGAGGACGGCAUACUGAAAUCUCGACGCGGAAUGUCCAAAUGUUCAAGGCUUGGGUGGAUCAUGUCCACGCGCUGCAGACAAGUCCGCCGCCCGUGGGUACACAUGUUCCCGAGAUCCUGGCUAUCGCGGAGCGUCAGCGUGACCAGGCGUUGCUCGAGAAUCCAUGGGUCGCUGGGCAAUACUUGCUUGUACUAUGCCUGGGCGUUGGCAUGGGAGGUGGUGUGAUAAGCAUUGACGACUUUGGGCAGACGUCCUUCGUGCUUCAUGUCGGAAAUGCCCUACGCACCGUCGGUGCGCUUGGCGAAUCCGAUAGCGCUCAGCUCCUUGAGAUGCUCACGCACACAUUUGACGAAGACUGCAAGUCGAUUUGGUUUGCUGGCGUGCCACGGAAUAACUUCUCGAAGCACUGGUUUCACCGGAUGGGAAUGGACGUGACACUGAUGAAAAAUCGUAAACUUACUUCAAUUGAGGCAGAGGACAUCAGCUUGGCCUUCAAGCGUGCGGCGGCGGCGGAUUUCGCCGACUUGGCACUAAUGGGCAGUGCCGACCCACUUCAAGUCAUCCUUCAGGCAAUUCGCGAGGCGUUCGAGGAGGACCCACUCGUCGGCAUCAACCUCGGUGCAGUUGGUGCACAGCUCCUGCCUUUGGCGCAACACCUUGUCAACGAAUUAGGACUGCAGGAUGAGGUUGUAGCCAAUCUUGUGCAGCUUGGUCAGGACAUGGAACGCAGUUCAGGCACACGGAAGAAGGGUCGCCAUCGUGAGAACAACGACUCGGCUGGCCCGGACCGCAGACACGCGCUUUAUCUGACCAUCAUCGGCGCUCUUUUCAUGAAAUGCGAGCGCGACGCGCCCGAGAGUUCCGACCCAUUGCAUCUCGGGAGAAAUCCCGAUGGUGGCGCUCCCACGAUGCGAGCGAUUGAUCGCGAUACUCUUCCGCCCUGCUCGCCACUGGAGCGUGCAUAUCUCAAGCGUGCAGGUGCAGUGCUCGUGGCGUUCAUUCAGAAUAUUAAGGCGACCAACUAUCGACUUCUGACAUUGUAG